AUGUCCACUUCUAAUGCGCAUACACAAAAGGCCGUCCGCAUAGCCACCGAACUAGAUCUACACAGAUGCAUCACUAAAAUACCACAUACAAAAGGAGCCUGUUACAACCGCACCAGACUCUACUGGCUCGUCUAUAUAUGCGACCAUCACUGCUCCCUCAUCCACGGUCGACCGCCCCUAACACGAGAUUUCCAAUCACUACGACGACCACGCAAUUUCCUACAGAGCUACUUCAACACCCCGUCUGACCUGACGAUGAUCAGCCUGGUGGAAUUGUGGUCCAUCAGCAGCCGUGUCUUCGACCUGUUCGGCGAGGAUAUCGAAUGUCACGUUGUUGCACAACGACCGGAUGAGCUCGCUCGGUUCAAUAUUGCCUAUGAUCGAUGGCGCGAGAAGUGGCUCGGUAUGCUGUCCUUCACGAAUUCGCCGACAGGAUUCUCGCGUCGCGUCUUCGAUCUUCAUUAUUAUUCUGCGAAAUUAUACCUCUUUUCGCACGUUUUCCGAGGGUCGCAGUCACAGUCGCACGACACAAAAGUUCCUACUGAAUCUGAUACAAACGUGAAUACCUUCGUAAACGGCGCGAUACGAAGCGCUUUUGCAAUAAUCCGCUGUAUAGUGGACGUGGACGACAACAACAAAAGUCCAUGGCUAGAGAUGCUCCCACCAUGCAUUGGAACGAUGGUCGCAUUUGCUUGCGUCGGCUUGGUGAGGGUGUCGCGUCAUCAGACACCCCUGGCGUGUGAUAUGCACGACGAGGAUAUCCCCGGUUAUCUCCAUCGACUGGUCCAGGUACUCCGUUUAUCACCGGUGAUCGAUCAACCUGCUCAUCCGUUGGUGAGUAUUGCUCGGAGCUUGGAGACUGCGACUACGACAGCUGGACAGGAGUUUAGCCAUGAUCCAUCGACGUGGAAUGAGAUCCGGGACUUGGACUUGGACUUAGAUUUGGGUGUUUUUGACAAGUUUACGAAUGAUGCGUUUAGUGGUUGUAAUGAUAGCCAUGGCGCUUCUCUUUCGGGGUUGUAA